UUCUGUUCUGUUCCAGUGAAACUACAUAAAUGUUAGUAAGAAAAUAUUUUUAACCAAAUUUCAAAAAUUGUAUGGAAACGUUUCUUAUAAGUUUUUAAUAAAUUUCUAACUUUCGCGAAAUACAACGAAGGGAAUAUUUUCUGUACUAUUCUCCACUUGUCAGUGUAAUCUUUAAUGUGAAUUGUUAUUUAUUAUUUAUUUUGCUAUCGAAUCGAUACUCUGCGGAUACUUGGAGAGAAAGAAUCAUGAAGCUUGACUCAAAUAACAAAAUGAUAAAUAACGACAGUGGUGCGGACACUCCGGAGGAGGUAGUAGACUCGCGACAAAACGCCGAGGAUAUUAUUGAUGGAAUUCUCGCAGACUUCACAGAUUUCGUGUCGCCUGAUGCCGUUCGGAACGGGAGUGUAGUUGCAGAGAAUUUAUUCGGCAUGAUGCAACCGCCACGAACGAGGACACCGGCUAAUUCUCUUUCUGAAAACGCUACUAUUGAUGACAUCGAUCCCGCGUCUGAUCUGGGAACGUCUAUACGAAACAAGUGUUUAGAGCUGGAAGAGAUAUUGCAGAGCCUCAAGUCAAGGUUGAACCAUGUUGUUUUAGAUGAAAACAUUGUGCUUAGCCCUGAGGCUAACUCUUUGGAGGCACAAUUGGAACAUGAUCUCGAUACAGAUUGUCAGGAGGACUUGUCACUUCAAGAAUUUCUCGAGCUGUUGCAUUCCCAGAACAAAAUAAGUCCAACCGGUGUACAAUAAUCAUUUUUAUUUCAAUAUUUAGAUAUUAAGAUACAAAACUACAUGAAUUUAUUCUGUGCAAAUUUGCAAUUAGAUUUUAUUGAAAAGUAUAGAAUUAAAAUUUCAGGCCUAA